CCCGCCCCGCACGGCCAGGCGAAGCGGAGCCGGGGCCGCGCGGAGUGUGAGCCUGAGUGUGUGUGUGUGCGUGUGUGUGUGCGUGUGCGCGCGCGCGUGUGUGUGUGUGUGUAUGUGUUCGCGGGGCGCCUUCUCAGCCCCGGGAAGAUGGUGGCGGCGGCGGCGGCGACCGAGGCGAGGCUGAGGAGGAGGCGGAGGAGGAGGACGGAGGCGACGACAGCGCCCGCGGGCACGGACGGCGGGCGCCGCGGGGACUGGGACGCGCCCGGGGCGGGGAGGCCGGGGCUGGGGGCCGGGCUGCGCCUCCUGCUCCCGACGCCGCCGCCGCCGCCGUUGCUGCUGCUGCUGCUGCCGCUGCUGCUGCCGUUGCCUUGGGCGGCCGAGGCCGCGGCGGCCGCGGCGAUCGUGUCGGGCUCCGCCGCAGCCGAGGCCAAGGAAUGUGACCGGCCCUGUGUCAACGGCGGCCGCUGCAACCCUGGCACCGGCCAGUGCGUCUGCCCCGCCGGCUGGGUGGGCGAGCAAUGCCAGCACUGCGGGGGCCGGUUCAGACUAACUGGACCUUCUGGGUUUGUAACAGAUGGACCUGGAAAUUACAAAUAUAAAACCAAGUGCACAUGGCUCAUUGAGGGACAGCCAAAUAGAGUAAUGAGACUUCGUUUCAAUCAUUUUGCUACAGAGUGUAGUUGGGACCAUUUAUACGUUUAUGAUGGGGACUCAAUUUAUGCACCCCUAAUUGCCGCCUUCAGCGGCCUCAUUGUUCCUGAGAGAGAUGGCAACGACACUGUCCCUGAGGUGGUCGCCACAUCAGGCUAUGCCCUGCUGCAUUUCUUCAGUGAUGCUGCUUAUAAUCUGACUGGAUUCAAUAUCACUUACAAUUUUGACAUGUGUCCAAAUAAUUGCUCAGGCCGAGGAGAAUGUAAGAUCAGCGACGGCAGCAACACGGUGCGAUGUGAAUGCUCUGGAAACUGGAAAGGGGAAGCCUGUGACAUUCCCCACUGUGUCAAUAACUGUAGCUUUCCCCGAGGAGGCUUCUGCAAUCCAGAUAACGUCAGAGGCUGCUCCUGCUUUGCGAACUGGCAGGGUCCCGGAUGUUCAAUUCCUGUACCAGCUAACCAGUCAUUUUGGACUCGAGAGGAAUAUUCUAACCUAAAGCUUCCCAGAGCCUCUCACAAGGCGGUGGUCAAUGGAAACAUAAUGUGGGUCAUUGGCGGGUACAUGUUCAACCACUCAGAUUACAGCAUGGUUCUCGCAUACGAUCUUUCCUCUAAGGAGUGGCUUACACUGAACCAGUCUGUGAACAAUGUCAUGGUUAGAUACGGACAUUCCUUAGCGUUACACAAGGGAAAAAUUUACAUGUAUGGAGGAAAAAUUGAUUCAACAGGGAAUGUAACCAAUGAGUUGAGAGUAUUUCAUAUUCAUAAUGAGUCCUGGGUGCUGCUGAGCCCCCGAGCCAAGGAGCAGUAUGCCGUAGUUGGGCAUUCGGCACAUAUCGUCACAUUGAGCACUGACCGUGUGGUCAUGCUGGUCAUCUUUGGUCACUGUCCCCUCUAUGGAUACAUAAGCAACGUGCAGGAAUAUGACUUGGAUAAGAACACGUGGACGAUACUGCCCACCCAGGGCGCCCUGGUCCAAGGAGGCUACGGCCACAGCAGCGUUUUCGACCGCAACACGAGGGCCAUCUACGUCCACGGAGGCUACAAGGCUUUCAGUGCCAACAAAUACCGACUCGCCGACGAUCUCUACAGAUAUGACGUGGACACGAGGAUGUGGACCAUCCUCAAGGACAGCCGGUUCUUCCGCUACCUGCACACCGCGGUGGUGGUGAGUGGCACCAUGCUGGUGUUCGGAGGGAACACGCACAAUGACACCUCCAUGAGCCACGGCGCCAAGUGCUUCUCCUCAGACUUCAUGGCUUAUGACAUUGCUUGUGACCGCUGGUCCGUGCUCCCCAGGCCUGGCCUCCAUCAGGACGUCAACAGAUUCGGCCACUCGGCAGUCUUGCACAACAGCACCAUGUAUGUGUUUGGGGGUUUCAACAGUCUCCUGCUCAGUGACAUCCUGGUCUUCACCUCGGAGCGCUGUGAGGCUCACCGGAACGAGGCUGCCUGCUUGGCCGCGGGCCCCGGCAUACGCUGCGUGUGGGACCCGACUCUGACUCAGUGCAUCUCCUGGGAGCUGGCAAAUGACGAGCAACAGGAGAAGUUGAAAUCAGAGUGUUUAUCCAAAAGACCCCUUGACCAUGACAGAUGUGACCAGCACACGGAUUGCUACAGCUGCACGGCCAACACGAAUGAUUGCCACUGGUGCCCGGACCACUGCAUCCCCCUGAACCACAGCUGCGCGGAGAACCAGAUCUCCAUUGCCAAGUAUGAGAAUUGUCCCAAGGAUAACCCCAUGUAUUACUGUAACAAGAAGACCAGCUGCAGGAGCUGUGCCCUGGACCAGAACUGUCAGUGGGAGCCUCGGAAUCAGGAGUGCAUCGCCUUGCCUGAAAAUAUCUGCGGCAUUGGAUGGCAUUUGGUCGGAAACUCAUGCCUGAAGAUCACGACGGCCAAAGAGAACUACGACAACGCUAAGCUGUCCUGCCGGAGCCACAAUGCCUUCCUGGCCUCCCUCACCACCCAGAAGAAGGUCGAGUUUGUCCUGAAGCAGCUGCGGGUAAUGCAAUCCUCGCAGAGCUUGUCCAAGCUCACCCUGACCCCGUGGGUUGGCCUCCGGAAGAUCAAUGUGUCCUACUGGUGCUGGGAGGACAUGUCCCCCUUCACGAACAGCCUGCUGCAGUGGAUGCCGUCGGAGCCCAGCGAUGCGGGCUUCUGUGGAAUCCUGUCGGAGCCCAGCGUGCGGGGCUUGAAGGCGGCCACAUGCAUCAACCCCCUCAACGGCAGUGUCUGCGAAAGGCCUGCCAACCACAGCGCCAAGCAGUGCCGGACCCCGUGCGCCCUGCGGACGGCGUGUGGCGAGUGCACGAGCGGCAGCUCCGAGUGCAUGUGGUGCAGCAACAUGAAGCAGUGCGUGGACUCCAACGCCUACGUGGCCUCCUUCCCCUUCGGCCAGUGCAUGGAGUGGUACACCAUGAGCAGCUGCCCCCCUGAAAACUGUUCAGGCUAUUACACCUGCAGUCAUUGCUUGGAGCAGCCAGGCUGUGGCUGGUGCACGGACCCCAGCAACACAGGCAAAGGGAAGUGCAUCGAAGGUUCCUCAAAAGGACCUGUGAAGAUGCCCUCAAGAGCGCCGACAGGCAGCCACUACCCACAGCCCCUCCUCAACUCCAGCAUGUGUCUGGAGGACGGCAGAUACAACUGGUCUUUCAUUCAGUGUCCAGCUUGUCAGUGCAAUGGCCACAGCAAAUGCAUCAACCAGAGCAUCUGUGAGAAGUGUGAAAACCUGACCACGGGCAAGCACUGUGAGACCUGCAUCUCUGGCUUCUACGGGGACCCCACCAAUGGAGGGAGGUGUCAGCCGUGCAGGUGCAACGGGCAUGCCUCGCUGUGCAACACCAACUCGGGCAAGUGCUUUUGCACCACCAAAGGCGUCAAGGGCGACGAGUGCCAGCUAUGCGAGGUUGAAAAUCGGUACCAGGGGAACCCUCUCAAAGGCACCUGCUACUAUACUCUCCUUAUUGAUUACCAGUUCACCUUCAGUCUGUCCCAGGAAGAUGAUCGUCACUACACAGCCAUCAAUUUUGUGGCUACACCCGAUGAACAAAACAGGGACUUGGACAUGUUCAUCAAUGCCUCCAAAAACUUCAACCUCAACAUCACCUGGGCUGCCAGUUUCUCAGCUGGGACUCAAGCUGGAGAAGAAAUGCCAGUUGUUUCCAAAACCAACAUUAAGGAGUACAAAGAUAGCUUCUCGAACGAGAAGUUUGAUUUUCGCAACCACCCAAAUAUUACUUUCUUUGUUUACGUCAGUAAUUUCACCUGGCCCAUCAAAAUUCAGAUCGCCUUCUCCCAGCACAGCAAUUUUAUGGACCUGGUACAGUUCUUCGUGACAUUCUUCAGCUGCUUCCUCUCUCUGCUCCUGGUGGCCGCGGUGGUCUGGAAGAUCAAGCAGAGCUGCUGGGCCUCCCGGCGCCGAGAGCAACUUCUUCGAGAGAUGCAGCAGAUGGCCAGUCGUCCCUUUGCCUCGGUAAAUGUUGCCUUGGAGACAGACGAAGAGCCUCCCGAUCUGAUUGGGGGGAGCAUCAAGACUGUCCCCAAGCCCAUCGCCCUGGAGCCCUGUUUCGGCAACAAAGCUGCUGUCCUGUCCGUGUUUGUGAGGCUCCCCAGAGGCCUGGGGGGAAUCCCGCCUCCCGGCCAGUCAGGUAAGUCUCGCAGUGGCCAGCGCCCUCGUGGACAUCUCCCAGCAGAUGCCCAUCGUGUACAAAGAGAAGUCUGGGGCCGUGCGCAACCGGAAGCAGCAGCCCCCCGCGCAGCCCGGGACGUGCAUCUGACGCUGGGGCCAGGGCCGUCCGUGAGCGCAUGUGCCGAGCCGCCGUGGCAUGGAGGCCUGGAGGUGCGGGGCAGCGAAGACUGGAGACCCUCACAUAUCCAUCCGUCCGUGCGUCCGUCCGCCUGCCGCCUGCCCCAUCUGCAUGCUCACAAGCUCUCUCUGGUGACCGUCUCUUCCAUCCACGCUCCAGCGUCGAACCUCUUUACUUUUGAGUAGGAAACCGUCGUUUUCGUUCUAGGCCCAGGGGUGAUCCAGUUGUGGCUGGCGGAGGCUGGUGUGGAGCCGGGGAGAGACCUGGGAAUGGCCACUCAGCUUCCCCCAGGGCGUUCUCCCAGGCGGGCUCCACUGUGCAAAAAAAAAAAAAAAAUACCACAAGCUGUUGCGUUUACAAGCAGACUUUCGUCCUCAGCUGUUCUUCAACAUGGUCUCUUUUACCAACUCGUCAGGUGAAUCACUGGCGUCCAUCUGAAGUCUGCUCUCUUUUUAAAAGAUGUGCUAUUUAUUCUUGCACGGUUAGGCAGAUCCCUCUCUUCCAGGGAGUCGCUUUUUUUCUAGUUGAGAAUUAAUAAUGGUCCAUCUCUUUUGAAUCAUACCAAAUUAAGACAGAGGCGGGCUAUUUUAAAUGUCAAGGCUGGCAGUGUUACUUAGAAUGUAAACUGAUGUCCUAGGUAGUUUUUCUAUAGUGAUUUGAUUUAGUGAGGACCGACCCAUUUGAAAUUUUUUCUCUCUCUCUCUCUCACACACACACAGAAACACACGUGUAUGCACACACACACGCACACAUACACACACACACACACUUAAGUGCCUAGACUUUAAAUAGAUCUAGCAAUUGGAAAGUUAGUAAGCCUAAGUUUUUACAUAAUUGCAUUCCUACAUUCUUUAAAAAAAAAAUUAAAUAGCUAUCAUUGGCAGCCUGCUCUUUUUCUAAAAUCCAACGGAAAGAUUAGAAAGCAUUUUCUCACCCCCAGGCAUGUCUCACCUGGCUGCAGGGAUGAGAGGGAGCAGAAAGGACCAACUGAAAGCUGCUGUGUUUAGGGUAGAAAAGGACACCCAGUCACGUGCCUCACCCCCCCCCCCCACGCCCCACCCCUACCCACCCCAGGCCUGCACUCUUCCCUCGGCCCUGGUGAGCACGGUCCUCAGUCCUGGUGCAGGACUCUCCAGAAGAGCACGACACUUCCCCCCCCUCCCCCCAGUGUCCCCCUGCCCCUGCCCAGGCCACUGUGGGGCAGGGCCAUGACCCGCUCUCCCUAGGCAGGGCUCUGCCCUCCCGUCCUUCUCCAGGCCCAGUUAGUGGCAAUGGGGAGGGCAGCGAGCACAGGCGAGAAGGAAAAGCACAUGGAGCCAGGGGGCGAGGCCGAAAUCUGGCCAUGGAGCAGGAUCGCUCGGCCCAGACAGGGUAGACCCGGGCUUCGCAAGGCCCCGACCACGGUGCUCGAAUUCCGACACGACGCAGCCGGCGGCUGCCCAAGCAGGCUCCUCCGCGCCUCGGUCUAAGCUCCCCAGCAUCCCUCCUCUGGGGUUUGGUCCCCAGGAAACAGCGCUCAAGUUUGUGAGUUUGGAAAAAGCGUCAUUCAGACACGAAAAAACUGCGACCUUUCGCCUGCCACCGGAGUGCCUAGAGAGACAGAGCAUCUCCUCCCUGACGGCAACCCCACGCCCGUGAGGAAUCUCCCGGAAAGACGUUAGGACAGAAACAGAACUAGAAAACUGUCCGAUGCACAGAAACUCUCCUGCUGGAGAUUCACCUCUCCACAUGCUGCUUUUUCAUUGCUUUGUUCAAGAGCAAACGGUUCUAGAGAAGAGAAGAUGGUUCUAGAAAAGACACCCUCCUUCUAGGAGCUCCCCACGUCCCCAUGCCAGGUCCCAGCACACCCACAGUGGACUGAUCUUCCGUUUCUGUGAUUUCCAUGAAGCUUUUUGGCAGAGAACAGCGGAGGCCCCGGCAAGAGUCCCCGGGAGGGAAAGGACCAGGUUUCCUUGCCAAAGAAGCGUUUUUCCCAGCGGCAGGCCCAUGCCUUGAAAUAAUAAUGCACCACAUCUCGUCCCCACCCGUUUAUCUCUUACGUUUGCUGUUGUUGUUUUCCUAAAAGAUAGUGUUUAUUUUUGGAAAGCAAAGAAUGAGUGAUGAUGUUUCGUUCUGCUCCAGUCACGGAGGAGCAGCUGAAUCCACCUGCUGCUCCUUCGCAGCUAGGAGCAAGUGCUCCCUCCUGGCCCAAGCCAGGAGACACUCAGCUUUGGGCCGGUUACCACCUGGGAGUCAUCUGGGACCUCGGAGCAAUGCCUGUGAGUCACAGGAGAGCCUGUACAUAAACGAACUCAUCACGGCAACAUCGGUAUUGCACUUGUAUAUAGCGCUCCAGUCGUGUCUGGAAUGCCCAGGCCUUCCGAGUGUACAUAGAACAGAAGAGCAUCUUCAUGUAUUUUUAUUAAAUGUGACCAUGUCUGAGUUUCACCAAAUAGGUUUGUGUGUGUGUGUGCACCCUGAACCGGACCCCCUGGUCUGGAGAAGUCCUCUCAUCAGAUGCUGCUCUGGUCGGCGAAGCCUCCGAAGGUGUUGCUCCUUACUUCCCCCGUAUUCCUCAACAUGCCAGUGUGUUCAGGUGCAGCUGCCUCCGUUGGUGACGCUUCAUUCAGGAGUCCUGUCUCUGUGGCAGCUGGAGAAAGGGUCCUUGAGUCCCCGUGAGCAGCAGGCUGAGAGGAGACUCUGCACGGGCGUUGGCAGUUUCUAUGGCUUCUGGGUUUGGCAGCGGCCAGGGAUGGCCUGAGCAACGCUUCUCUCAGUCUGUCAGCUCAAAGACUGUCCCUGUAGAAAUCAGGGUGGGGUUGUUUUUCUUUUUUUAGGUGUUUUGGUUGUUUGUUUUUCAAAAAGUUUUCCACGAUGCAUUUUGUGGUAGCUCUGUCUGAAUUUCUGAGGAGCAUUUCCUGGAACCAUGGUUUAUUGUUGAAAUGUGGUGGGUGUAGGUGACUGGGCGACUGGGGGGUGGGUGGGUAAGGUCCUGUUUCCCACGGAAAGCCUGACCACCUGCUACCACCACCUCCCCGUGCAGGGUUUGGGGAGAAAUCUGUGUCCCUCUGGGGAACGCCCUGAGAAGGUUAGGAGGGCUGGAGAGGAGGCAGCCCAUUCUUUCCUCAAAGCUGCCAGGACAGAAAACUGUCAGCUAAAGGAAGCUCCCGGAAUAUCCGUGGGUCCAGCCUGCAGUGCGGGAUGAGAGGCCGCAGGAAACUCCGGAGCAAAUGAAAAGACCAGAGCACUGUCCAUGGGGUGGGGGCAGUGUGGGGUACACAGCAGAGCAAAGCUUGCUCCUUCAGCUCAGCAGAACGUGUCUGGGGCAGGGUGGGAGAGAUCCUCGUCAUUGGCUGGUGGUGUUGGCUUCCUGAGCACCAUCCGUCCUUUCAUUUCAUUCAUUCAACAAGUAGUGCAAAGCACUUACUAACCUCCGCUAACAUAAGGGCAGCAAGAUGAAAACGCUGCUCUCUCCAGUUCUCAACAGUCCAGCGCCGGAAGCCAGCCACCCCGCUCCUGACCGCUGGUGGCGCCCUGGCAGAGUGGGCGAUCAGAGGACAGACAGAGGGAAGGCGGAGGGACUGCACCAGCGCUCAGCCCGGAACAGGUGGCCACUCGACCAAACUGCUCAAACCAUAGAAAUCACUGCGGUAACUUAUCACUCGCCGGGCCCACCAAGAGUCAUUUCUGCUGAGCCUUUCAAAGUAAUAAACACCCUGGCCUGCCAGAGACGGUCUGGAGAGGGGAACUGGCGCCUUCUUUACAGGCAAUAACGGAGCCGACUUGUGCACAAAACAUUCUAAACACUAGUGAAGCCUGUUUCAUUGGACUAAUUCUGACUCUGGAAAAUGUUUUUUGUUUUAUAGUUACGGUUUUGUUUGGUUUGGAUUCGAGCUUAGUUUGUUAAUAUGUAUAAUUUAGCAUCUCUUGCACUCAUGUAAAUAUGGAGUAAGUAUUGUAAACUAUUUCAUUGCUGGGGAUUGUGGGGUGUUAUACAUACAUUUAGGACUGCAAUUUUUUUGGUAUUUUUUGUAUUGUAAAAUAACAGCUAAUUUAAGCAGGAACAAGAGAAUUGAGAGAGGGACUGUGCAUUUUAAACACAAAUGUGAAGAACUUGUACAUAAACAAAAGUAAAUACUAUAAUACAAACCUCCUUCUGAAAUAAAAGUAGAUCUGGUAAAAAUGGG